UGAUUAAAAGCCUGAGUAGCGGACCGUGGCGACAGCAAAGGGACCCACGCAAAGGGAUUUUGACUUCGUUCCUAUUUCUGGAGUUUGGUUUCCUGAUCAUUCAUUCGUAUACCUCCCUAGGCGACAUUUGACGUGGGAUGGCUUUCAAAUAAUGUGCUGCAGGUGCAAAAGGCUUCCAUCCCCCUCCAGCCUUUCUUUCUCUCUGGACCUUUCAGGCGCUGCGGAGAAAGGAAGGCAAUUCUCACUUCUUUCCUAUAAUAACUGGCCUCGAAGGGGAGGAAUCUCAGGGUUGUGUCCCGUUGCACCGGAGACCUUCUUCGCGGCCUGAGCAUCCGUCGUGAGCCAGUGAUUCCACCGAGAUCAGAUCCGCAAUGUUUGGGAAGCUGAAGCAGAACUUGCUGCUGGCCUGCCUGGCACUGAGCUCGGCCACAGUCUUCUACUUGGGUCGCCACGCCAUGGAGUGCCACCACCACCACGACCAGCACCGCGUGGCUGAGCGGAGCGUCUCCUCGGAGGAUCUGGCCUCCACUCCCCUUUGGAAGGAGAAUGUCACUUCGUCAGGGGGGGCGCUGCCAUCGUCCUACGGAAAGGACACUCCGCUCAUCUUUGUUGGGGGCGUCCCUCGCAGUGGGACCACGCUGAUGCGCGCCAUGCUGGACGCCCACCCGGCCGUGCGCUGCGGGGAAGAGACCCGCGUCAUCCCCCGUUUGCUGGCUGCGAAACAGAUGUGGGCACGCUCGGGGAAGGAAAAGGCCCGUUUAGAUGAAGCUGGGGUGACAGAGGCGGUGCUGGACGCAGCGGUGCGGGCCUUCCUGCUGGAGGUCAUUGUGCGCCAUGGGGAGCCGGCCCCCUUCCUCUGCAACAAGGACCCCUUUGCCCUCAAGUCUUUGUCCUACCUCUCCCGCCUCUUCCCCCGGGCCAAGUUCCUGCUCAUGGUGCGCGACGGCCGUGCCGCCGUCCACUCUAUGAUCUCCCGCAAGGUCACCAUCGCUGGCUUUGACCUCAACAGCUACCGGGACUGCCUGGCCAAAUGGAACCGGGCCAUUGAGACCAUGCACGGGCAAUGCAUGGAGGCCGGGCCACGGAGGUGCAUGGCUGUCCCCUACGAGCAGCUGGUCCUGCACCCCGAGCAGUGGCUGCGUGCCCUCCUGCGCUUCUUGGGCCUGCCUUGGCACCCUGCCGUCCUGCACCACGAGGAUAUGAUAGGAAAGGCCGGAGGGGUCUCUCUCUCCAAGGUGGAGCGCUCGACGGACCAAGUGGUGAAGCCGGUCAACGUGGCGGCCCUGAGUAAGUGGGUAGGCAAGAUCCCACCGGACGUCCUGCGCGACAUGCCAGCCAUCGCCCCCAUGCUGGCCAAGCUGGGCUACGACCCUUAUGCCAACCCCCCCAACUACGGCAAGCCUGACCCCGCCGUCCUAGAGAACACACGCAGGGUCCAUAAAGGUGAAUUCCAACUCCCUGACUUCCUGAAAGAAAUGCCUCAGGUAAGCUUUUUAAAAAUAAUAAUAUAAUAUUAACGUAAUACUUAUUUGCCCCC